UACCCCUCCCACCCAGAAAGCUGGAGAGUUGGGAUACCAAAAAGGGAUUGACGAACCAUGUUUUUAAUGUUUCACAAAAUCCUGUUUGUUUUUUUACAAAGUGGAAUCACGACUCUUGAUUAAAACUAUUUUCAACAACAAGGGUGCCAGGCGCGCUCGUUGCUGGAAAGGGAAAACAAAGGAUCGGAGGGGGAGAGAUAUUUUUGGCCCCAUGGAAGAAGGUGGAAGCAAUGAAGAAAACGUAAAGGACGAAGAGAAGGAAAAAGAGGCAAAAGAGGAACAUGAAGAGGGACAGGAAAAAGAGGACGAUAGUAGAAGCUCCGAAGAAGAAGAAGAAGUGGAGGACGAUGAACGAGACAACGAUCCGUGGAAUCCGUUGCGUAGAAAAAAGGGGGAAGAUCUCAAAGAACCCUUCAUGAAAGAAGUCCAACAGUUCCUGGAUAGAGGAAAAACCCAAGACUAUGCCGGGAAUGCCGCUUUCAAUACCCAAUUACCUGCAAGUAGAUGAAGACUACAGAGGACUUACUUAGAGCGUCUGAAAUGCACUCACCGUAUCAAACACCACGCAAUACACCGUAAAGUCAUGAAAACUCUUCGCUUUAUUGACAAAGACGACAUGGAUUUUGACGAAGCGGCGGAGUCAGCAGUAGCAAAACGGAAAUGCCUGUUAAACAGAAUCAUGCAGAAGAAGUUACUCCCCGACGAGUCGGAUGAUGACAAAGAAGCAGACGAAGAGGUUGAAGCUUCAGUGUGAUACACUAAAUUAGCCAUGUGAUUCUUACAAAGGAGGGUGAUUGUAGGGUUUUACUCAUUAUUUGUAAGACGCCACACAAGAUGGAGACUAUUAUGCCAAGAGCAAGGAACGGAUCAGACAAAGACUUCGUGGCAAAAACAAACAGAAAUAGGACAGAAUAUCACGCGUUUUGGGGUCUGGGACCAAGGAUCUGAGGAAGUGCAAGUGGAAACGAGUCUAGUUCGCAGCGAACUUGAGGUUACACUUGGUGAAAUAUCAACAUAAUUCUUAUCAUGUUCCGUGGUUGUUUCAGAAAGCAAAAUAAGAAAUACACUGUGAAUUUUACGAAUCAAUCAGUUGCUGCGUGAUUCCUGAGUGUGACCCAUUCGUGACGUCACCAAAAAUGAGGGGUUAUCCCCCGAUCCCCGUUUUGGGUCAUUAUGCAAAUCAAACCAUUCAAAUGCAAAACGGGCGGCGUUUUUGAUUGACGACGUUAUUUGAUGAGUACCUGUCAAAACCUGUCGGAACGGGCGCGAGUGACUUGGGCAUCUUCCUACUUUGAACUAAAGAUUUGCGGAGAAUUGUUGAUGAGUCAGAGAAUAGUCAGGAUUAGCGUAUUUUCUCUGUUUUGUUACGCAUAGUUUUUUCAAGUCCAGCAACGUCCCUGGCACCCUUGUUGUGGAAAAUGGUUUUAAUCGAUAAUCACGAUUCCACUUUGUAAAAAACCCAGGAUUUUUUGAAACAUUUAAAACAUGGUUCGUGAAACUCUUUUUUGUAUCCUAGCUCCCCAGCUCUCUGGGUGGGAGGGGUAUCCCAUGACCUCAGCCAAGAGGGGCUACCCCCUCGUGACGUCACCACAGUAGUCUGCUAUGACGAUUCUAACCAUGAAGUGAGUUGUUGAAACUAGGUGACAUAUUUUAUGUGACUCAGGCAUUUUUAUUACGCAUAGUUUUUCAAGUCCAGCCUCCCACGUUGUAAAAAGCUAAGGAUUUUUGGUGAUAAAACCAUUAAAAAAAAAACAUGUAAAUCUUGGUCUCCUCCCUCUUUCUCGGUCCUACCUAUGACGUCACCACUCAUCCCGCACGCUGAUUGGUUCACCGUCAUUGACCGAGAGGGGACUGGACAAAUUCGUCGACCACCACCAUUCUGGAUAUUGGACUCCCAUACAAACCCUCUUAUUUUUACUUCAUUAUUUCUCACAAUUUUAAGAGCAGUGUAAUGGAAGGUCCCCUAUGAGCUUCCUACACUACUA